GUCCACGAUAGAGCGACCGCCAUACCAAGACCAUACCAAGACAUCAGACGGCUCCCGACUAUGCAGAGAGGAUUGUGAAAAAAGCACAUGCAAUAUCCGAGUCCUUGAUUGGCUCGUAUUCCCUUUGCUGGCGUCCUUCAACCCCUCGUGCCUACUUACUCCGGAUCAUGCGAGCUGAAGGCGACCACUAUAAAUUUCAGUCACCUCCAGUACCCUCCCCGGCUGCAGCAGUCUAACUUGCCGGUACUCAAACCACCCAAGAUGGUGAAACUUCCGCAGUACGACUAUCUCUUUGCCAUAGGCACCAUCUUUGCCUUCCUCGAUGCUUGGAACAUUGGUGCCAACGAUGUUGCCAACUCCUUUGCAACAUCUGUUGCUUCCAGGUCACUGACCCUCAAGCAAGCAAUGUGCAUUGCUACCGUCAUGGAAUUUGCGGGAUCCGUGUCGGUGGGCGCACGUGUCGCAGAGACCAUCCGGACAAAGGUCGUCGCCGUCGACCUCUUCAAGGAGGACCCUUCCGUCCUCAUGCUGGGUAUGGUCUGCGCAGUUGUUGCAUCUUCCAUCUACCUCACCGUUGCCACUCGCCUCUCCAUGCCUGUCUCGACCACGCAUAGCAUCAUGGGAGGAGUCAUCGGCGUCGGUAUUGCCGCGAUUGGAACCAAUGGCGUGAACUGGGGUUGGAACGGUGUCUCCCAAGUUUUUGCUGCAUGGGCCAUUGCUCCCGGUAUUGCUGGCGGAUUUGGCGCCACCAUCUUCCUCAUCACGAAGUUUGGUGUCAUGCGCCGCAGCAAUCCCGUACGCAACGCGUUCUAUGCUAUCCCCGUGUAUUUCUUCGUCACGGCUGCGCUGCUGGCCUUGCUCAUUGUGUGGAAAGGAGGCUCCGCCAGAAUCAAACUCACGGACCCGGAAACGGCCGGUGUCAUCAUCGGUACUGGCGGCGCUGUCGCUCUCCUCGUCGUGGUCUUUUUCCUCCCAUAUCUUUACCGCAAGAUCGUCAAAGAUGAUUGGACACUCAAAUGGUGGCACAUCCCCCAGGGGCCCCUUCUUCUUCGCCGCCCCGAACCGGAACCACGGCCGGAAGGGGUUCAACCUAUACAGGACUACUAUGCCGGUCACCUUACUAAGGAGGAACUCGAAGCUCAGAGAGCCGCUCAAGGCCAUUCCAACGACAUUGAAAAACACCCUGUCUCUCUUCAACUGCAGGUUGAUUCGAAUUCGGACGGUGAGCCUGCAGGGAGCACCUCGCAGGAGCCUCCUCGGGCUCAACUGUCCGUGCCCAAGGAUGGAACGAAAGCUCCUCCUCCAGGCCCCUGGUACUCUCCGGCCGUUGCAUUCUACUAUGUCAAGCGAGCUCUCCUGCAUGGCGUAGAGCAAGAUGUUCUUUCUGCCCAGAAGAAGCGAGACUUGCUCUCUGGCGACAUCGACAAGGUGCAUGCCCAUGGUGAACACUUCGACAACAAGGCCGAAUACGCAUACAGCUUCCUACAGGUCCUGACGGCCGCAACGUCUUCCUUUACCCACGGUGCAAACGACGUGUCCAAUGCUAUCGGCCCCUACACGACCAUUUAUUUCAUCUGGUCUACUGGGAAGCUCAGCAGCAAAGUUCCAGUACCUUAUUGGAUCCUGGUCUUCGGGGGUGCCGCAAUCGUCAUCGGGUUGUGGACGUAUGGUUACAAUAUCAUGCGCGCUCUGGGAAAUAAAAUCACGCUUCACUCGCCGUCUCGUGGGUUCUCAAUGGAACUGGGAAGUGCCAUCACCGUUAUCAUGGCCACUCGUCUCAAGCUCCCUAUCUCAACAACCCAGUGUAUCACGGGUGCCACUGUUGGUGUGGGUCUCUGCAACGGCACCUGGCGUUCCAUCAAUUGGCGGAUGGUCGCCUGGAUAUAUCUAGGUUGGAUAAUCACGCUCCCCGUGACGGGCAUUAUCUCUGGAUGUCUCAUGGGAAUCGUUCUUAAUGCGCCUAGGUGGGGUCAAGGCUUCUAAUCUAGUUCUUUGGAUAACCCAUAGGAGGACUGUCUGGUGUGGUAACGCCGUAACACGGUUUCCCUAGAGCUAUGCUAUCCCCCGCUCUCCCCGACUCCCUCUUUCCUGCAACC